AUGGUGCAGGAUCAAGGCAUCCCUCUCACGCAGGUGAAGAGCCAUGCCAGCUCCACGGGCGCUCGCCGCCCCAACAUGAACAUCGCCAUGGACGGCUCCGGCUCUGGCCAAGAAACACCCGACGAGAAACAGCACCUGCAUGCCCGGGGCCGCGCCGGUCGCCGCAAGGGCAAGGCGCUCUCGAGAAACGAUACAGGUGGCUCCGAAGAGGUCUCGCUCAACGCCAUGGGCCGACUCUACAAGAAGAUCAUUGGCGCCUCAGUCGUUACCCGCUACCUCGUCUACAUUAUUCCCAUCGCUAUCCUUCUCGCCAUUCCUGUGGUUGUCCUGCCCAUCACGGGCCACAGGAAUGAUCUUCCCGUGGGCAGGAGCAGCAAGGACGGCGAUGGCAACAGAACCCCCGGCCCUGCGCUCUUCCGCCUCUUCCUGUGGAUCGAGAUUGCGUGGCUCACCUUGUGGGCCGGCAAGGUUGUCGCCUGGCUCCUUCCGCGCGUCUUUAUGUUCGUCGUCGGUGUCGUCAGCACUGGCACGCGCAAGUACGCUACGGUCCUACAGAACCUCCAGAUUCCCAUGUCCUUCUUCUUCUGGGCGCUCGCCUCCUGGCUCACCUUUCGCGGACUGUUCGGCGGCUUCAACAACGUCCACUGGGUCAAGGUCGUCGUGACCAUUCUUGGCGCCCUGUUCUCGUCUGCCGCUGUCUACCUCGCCGAGAAGGCCAUUGUCCAGCUGAUUGGUAUCUCCUAUCACCAGCGGUCCUUCGCCCUUCGCAUCAAGGCCUGUAAGCGCGAGGUACACCUCCUCGGCCUGCUGUACGACGCCUCCCGCACCCUCUUCCCCAUGUACUGCGCCGAGUUUGAGGAGGACGACGACAUCAUCUCCGACUCGAUCCUCGCCCAGACUGGCAAGAAAGUCGGCGGGGCUGCUGUGCCCCUCAAGUUUGUCGGCAACAUUGGUCGUGUCGGCGACAAGGUGACGGCAGCCUUUGGCAACGUUGCGUCCGAGAUCACUGGCAAGCAGGUCUUCAACCCCAACUCGGCCCACUCCAUCGUCAUUGAGGCCCUCGAGAAGACCAAGUCCUCCGAAGCCCUGGCACGCCGCAUCUGGAUGGCUUUCGUGUGCGAGGGCAACGACUCUCUGUACCUCGAAGAUGUUCAAGAAGUCCUCGGCCCCUCGUACAAGGACGAAGCUGAAGAGGCUUUCAACGCCAUUGACGGGGAUAUGAAUGGCGACAUCAGUCUUGAAGAAAUGACUCGUUCCAUUGUCGAAGUGAGCAAGGAGCGCAAGGCAAUCACCGAGGGCAUGAAAGACAUUGGCCAGGCCCUGCGUGUUUUCGAUAAGGUUUUGAUGUUCGUGGUCCUCCUCAUCGUCAUCUUUAUCUUCCUCGCGUGGUUCCAGAGCAGCUUCCUUACGACUGUCGCUACUGCCGGCACGGCCCUCUUGUCGCUGUCUUUUGUCUUCGCCGUCACCACGCAGGAGUUCCUCGGUUCCUGCAUCUUCUUGUUCGUCAAGCACCCUUAUGAUGUCGGCGACCGCGUCGACAUUCACGGCUCGGAGAAGCUGCAGCUGGUCGUCGACAAGAUCUCUCUUUUGUACACUGUUUUCACUCGCAUCGACAAGAUGCAGGUCGUCCAGGUGCCCAACAUUGUCUUGAACAAUUUGUGGAUUGAGAACGUGUCCCGCAGCAAGGCCAUGAAGGAGGUCAUCACCAUCCACAUUUCAUACGACACGUCCUUUGAGGACAUUGAGACGCUUCGCCACGAGAUGGAGGCGUUUGUUCGCCACUCGGACAACUCGCGCGAUUUCCAGCCCGAUGUUGCCAUGGGUGUCAGCAGCGUUGGCGAUCUGGACAAGCUCGCUCUCGAUGUUGUCAUCAAGCACAAGUCGAACUGGCACAACGAGAUUGUCCGCGCCACCCGUCGUUCCAAGUUCAUGUGCGCCCUGGUCCUGUCCCUCAAGAAGGUCCCCAUCUACGCUCCUGGCGGUGGCUCCGAGGCUCUUGGUGGCCCUACCAACCCCACAUACUCUGUUUCCGUCUCUGAUGAGAUUGCUGCGGCUUCCCGCGAGGAAGCGGCCAAGAAAAAGGAGGCUGCGCGCUUGAUUCCGCACGAGACGGACAUCGCCGCUGGUGCCGAUUCCGACUCGACCAAGGAGAGGCAAGCCAUGGCGGGACUCAAUGUUAGGGACCCUGCAGACGGAGAGGAAUGGGGGUACCGACUGGGCGACGAUCAAACACCCUCGGAUGCCCGAGGACGUCGAUCUGAGGAUCACCGCCGUUCCAACGACAUGGAUCGCAGUCAUUCGGAGCUCGUGAAGCGCGCUAGCACGCGCGGAGGUAGACGCAAGGCCGGCGAGGGUCUUUCCAACCUCUCCUUGGUGGACUCGCGCCAGCCAGAAGGCCACGGCGCCCAUCUGGCCCCAACAACCUCGCGGCUUCAGACAUAUGACGAGGAGUCUUCCACCGAAGCAUAUGGAAGCGGAUACCACAACAACACAACUGGCGUGAACCGUAUGCCUUCGUCCGCGUACAGCUUCACGGCUGGCAACAACCUGAGCCCGGUCGAGAGCAGGCCGCACCCGCUGCAGAGCCAGCCGUACGGCCGUCAGGGCCAGGGCCAGGGACAGAAUCAGGGGCCGGCUCCCCAACGGUAG